CUCUUAACGCAGAGGGGACACAUGUUUAUGUAUAAAAGACAUGAAAAAGGGGAUUUUGCAUAAAGGGUGACCUUUAAAUGUAGAUUUGUGCAGGGACACAUUAACCUGACCUUACUUUAACGUUUUGUUGUGUUUGUGUCCAGUAAACCCGGGGUUGAAAUGCAGGUGGUCCUGGGAGGAGUGGAUUUAGAAAAGGAUGAAGUAUACGAUCAGGUCAUUCCUGUGGAGAACGCCAUCGUGCAUGAGCUUCACAGGGAGAGCCCCUUUGCUCUACAUAAUGAUAUUGCCAUGCUUCAGCUGAAAGUCACAGACAAACCGCACUGUGCCAAAGAAACGCGCUUUGUAAAGACAGCCUGCCUGCCACAAUGUCCCUUUGACAACGGCACGGAGUGUGUGAUCUCAGGGUGGGGCGUGACUGAAACACAGAAGUACGGUACCAACUUGCUGCUGGAUGCUCGUGUGCUCCUGAUCUCACAGGAGAAAUGUAAAGCUCCCCAUGUUUACGGAAACUCUCUGGAUGACAGCAUGUUAUGUGCAGGAAACAUGAGAGGAGGAGAUGACUCCUGCCAGCUCAGUGACAUAUGUGGUUAAAUAACAUACAGUAUAUAUUCUUAAAACUGUAUUCUUGUUUCCCAUUAUAAUUGUAUUACAUAUUUACUAAGUCAUACAAACAGAAACACAACAAUAAAGUACAAGGACAAUAUCACAGGAAAAACCAAUAGAAGGUUGGCGGAGGGAUUACAGUGUAUUUAAGUGUUUCUAUUCAACUCAUAAAGUAACCCUAGGAACACGUGCAUGCAGAUGGUCUUUCAUCUGCACUAGGUUUUCUGAUUUUCUUGGUUGAUUUUCUUGUUCUUACUCCUUACAUACAUCUCGUAGUUUAAACCCAAAUUGUAUAUUAUGGGUCCAAUAGUGUCCUAAUUUAAAGGGCAGCAGAUGGGAUGAAUUACAUUACAUUACAUUGCAUUUAGCUGACGUUUUUAUUCAAAGCGACUUACAAUAAGUGCGUUCGACCAAUAAAAUACAAACUUGAAGAAAACAAAAUCAUAUAAGUACAUCAGGUUUCAUAGAGCAAAAACAUUUCAAGUGCUACUUGUUAGGGAUUAAUUUUGUCUUUACUUAAGAUAUUUGACCUUUCGGCCUGUUGACAUUUACGACGAAGCCUAAGUCUGUUAUCUGUCUUAAGGAAUGGGAAGUCUCAGCUAUUGCUGACAUUAUCAGUUGUAUGACCGGUCAACUCUCGGUCACAGAGCCAUAGAGUCAGAUAAGUGAUUCAGUGUCUCCAAGUGUUCACGGAUACCUUCCCCCAAUAUGCUGAUUAGCUCUCGGUAAACUAGUUAAAGGGUCUACCAAGAUGCGAGGCUGAUCAGAUUUGACAUGGUAACCCACCCGUGCAGUCAGAACCUUUGACUGUGUGGCUUGUGAUGUGAAUUUCUCCGGCCGAUGCUUGUAUUAAAUCUCAGUGUUUGACAUCAGAACUCCUGCUCGUCCCGUGU